AUGUCCAGUUUUGCCGCCGACGACAUUAUGCGAAGAACAGUAGAUCAGUGCAAGCAGAUGAGGAUCUCUUCGAGACCUCAAACGGGAAUCAAGGCGGACAGAGAUCCAAUACAAUUCUAUCGCCAACGAAGUAAAACUGCGAGUCUACCUAUUCGCAAUUCGGCCGAUCAUGAUAUACGGAUCGGAUACUUGGGCAGCACUAACUACGGUGAUGAAAGAGCUUGA